AUGGAAAAGGAGAAAGAUGUUGGACUCGAAGGGCACAUUGAUGAUAAAAUAGAUGAUGAUAGUGAGAACGGACAGGAUGAAGAUGAGGAGAACAAAGAUGAUGAUGAAGAAGAUCAUACUGAUGAUAAGGGUGACGAUCUGGGUGAUGACACCGAUGAUGAACCGAAAGAUGGUUCUGGUGGAAGUUCUUAUGACAGUAAUGAUGAUGGUGAUGAUGAUGCAUCUCCAGUCAUUGGACGAACUGUGAUGAUACCACCCACGGAUCUUUACUGUCGUUCGAAAGAUGCCAAAACGUGGGUACCUAGAGCAUCUGAUGAUGAUAAAAGGGAAGCAUCGUUGGAUGUGGCACCUGUCGUCCCAAGUCGAACUGAGCAUGGCACUCAGACUGAAGCUGAAACCCUUGACAUAGAUAAAUUCUUAAGACUUCUGACACGAACAGUCGAAGCGCUUCAAAAGCAACAUCAACACUACAAUGAACAACGCAUCGAGGAUGCUGAAAUCAUGACACGCUUGUCUGGUCAAAUGUCUUUCAUCAACAAGAAGCUCACUUUCUUGGUCAAAGAUUCACAAAAGGAAAGGCCAUCUACUUCUCAUGCCCCGCAGCCUGUUGACCUUGGCCGACAGAUAGAACUACUUGAGAAAGUUGCAAAGGAGCAACACGCUCAAACUGUUGAUACAGCCAGUGAUAACAUCUCUGCCAUGGCCAACUAUCAGUUACAAAUUUUAAAAUAUGUCAUGGACCUCACUGUCAAAGUUAACUCACUGUUGAAACCCUCUGAUCCUCCCACUGAUGCCAAAAAGGGGGGAAAGAGACAUAGAAAAGAUGAUGAUGAUGAAGUAGAUCAUCAAGGAAGAAGCAAGGAACCCUAA